AUGAUUUAUUAUAAUUAUUAUUAUUAUUUGUACUUCGACAGAUGUCCUGACGAGAGCAGAAUGAGCUCAUCUGAAGAGGAAUAUGGAAGAACAGAACGUCCACUUCCCAAGCCUUCUCUUUCAGCUCACUCACAUGCAAAGAACAAAUAUUCCGAAACCUCAGGAAGGGGGGUUUCAGAAUCGUCAGGAGUAUCGAACCGGUAUUUGGAUUUUACCGCGGAAGGAAGACUCGGGUUUCAAGAAAAUGCAUCCGCGUCUUUGCGAUACAAUGAAACCGGUAACGGAAGUCAAGCCGUGUUUUCACACGGUUGUGAAAAUGGCCGAUAUUCUGCAUCGAAUAGCAGAAGUAGUUCUCCUCGUUACAGUGAUCAAACUAAUACGAGAUAUUCUGAACCUCCAGAAACAAUUAUUCGUUAUCCGACCGAUAACAGAGGAGAAUCCGGGAGAGGGUCAAGAUACGGCGAACCUAGCGGAAAUUCUUAUAUUGAAAAUCCGGGAAAGAGUAAUAGGUAUUCGGAAGGUCGUAUGCCUAACGGCGAAGGAGAUAUUUACCCGACCGAAACCGGUGGUAAAUAUUCAAGUUCCUCGAAUGAGAGAUUUAUUAUUUCACCUUCGUCGGAACCAAACAUGGAAAAGUACGGGAAGAAUGAUCAUUAUUUGCACGGUGAAAAAGCAGAAAUUUCUGUUAGCGAAAGAAACGGGAGAAGCGUGGGUGGAAAUUCAAAUCGCUCGACUGAUAGAUAUUACACGGAUAGAAUUCCCGAUAGGUCAGAAAGAAAUCACGAACGCUUGGAAAAACAACACAACGAUCGAGUCCCUGAGAAAUAUUUACCCAGUAGUGAUAGAUACAUCACUCACAUUGCUCAAGAAUCGAGCUGCACCAAGGGAAGUGAUAGGUAUUUCACGAGUGAAAGGAAUUCUGAUAGAUACGGCGGUACUUCGGAAAGGAACUCUGAAAGAUAUAACGACGAGUAUUUACAAUCAGCCGAUAGGAUUUCAAGUAGUGAUCAAUUCGUCGGUAAUUCCGACGCCUAUAGGUCGAAUGAAAGAGGUGAAGGCUACCGAUCUGAUAGAUUUUUGUGCUCGUCUAAUUUGGAAGACGUUCAAAGGUUUGAUAGAUACUGUACUUUGCCUAGUCAUUCUGAUAAAUAUAACAGGAAGACUGCCACUGAAAGAUUUGAAAAAAGUAGAUACUUACCUCCACCGGCACCUGCUCCAAGUGAGAGGUACCACCCUCCUGAACGCUACAUUCCACCCCCAGCCCCUAGCAACGACCGUUUUAAUGAAUCCAUUAGAGAAAGAUUCAUGGAAACGCCUUCAAAAGACAGAUAUUCCGACCGAUACAUACCCCCUCCGGCUCCAGAACGUUUUAUUCCGACUUCUUUUGACGCUUCCACACCACACCGAUCAACCCCGCAAUCGGCUUACUACCACUCUCAUUAUCAAAGAACACUGCCUCAUAGGUCUUUGGGAUCGUAUCAUCAUCAUCACCAUCAUCAUUCGAUUCUUCCGUCGCCUAGCAGAACGCAAUUACGAUGCUGCCCGAGCCCGAAUCCUUACGUACAGCCAGAAGAUCUCAAUGCCGGAAAUUCCAAUUCAUCUCAUUCCGCUAAUGUUUUAACCGCCAAUAUUACCGGACCGAGUAUGCCAGUGUUGGCUGCAAGCCUUACAAACGGUCAAAGUUUAAAAAGUUUCAGUGCCAGCGUAAAUGUGAACAUUGUUGCCGCUCAGGGUACUAACACGUCGUCAAGAGAAAGAGAGAGAGAAUAUAUGCCUCCCUCUCCUUCUCCGUUGUUAACGAAUCGCGGUCGACCACCACCUUCGGGAAACGCGUCGCGUAUGCCUUCAUCAUCUCACGUAGAAAAUGCAAUAUCGAACAUUGGUAGACACGCGUCGACACCGACGCCACCGCCUCCCUCGUUACCGAGAUGUAGUAGUAUGUCGAAUUGUGAAUUAAACGGGGAUAAUACAAUGUGCAAGGUGGAUCAUAGCCACCACCAUUACACGCCGGCAAGAAGAUCCUGCAGCGGAGCAUUAGAACCGGGAACGUCGCUAACUCUAUGCUGCAGCUCAUCGAAACGUUCAGGAGGAAAUACAUCCGCAUUAAAUCUAUCGAACGCAAUAUCGACAAAUCAAUCGACCUCGGGUUUAAAUCAUUCUCUGGGCACGUUCGCGGACAACAUUCCAAAAGUGCCAAGUAUCGGUGCUCUAUCAACAUCGACCGGCGGAGAAAAUGGAAGACAAGGAGUGUCCGUUUCUUGCGUUGUCACAACAAAUUCUCACACUCAUUCAACAAUUUGGUAA